UUUUGUUCCUACAGAUUAUCAAGAAGCCAGGCAUUGACAAUGAGAUUCCAAUGAUAGGCGAUAAAGUAUUUGUCCAUUAUACUGGGACCCUGUUAAAUGGAAAAAUAUUUGAUUCAAGUAGAGAAAGAAAAGAACAAUUUGUCUUUGAUUUGGGUAAAGGUCAAGUGUUGAAAGCGUGGGAUAUCGGAGUGGCUUCGAUGAAGAAGGGGGAGAUCUGUCAGUUAAUCUGUAAACCAAACUAUGCCUAUGGGGCUGCUGGCAGUCCCCCUAAAGUCCCUGCAAAUGCCACAUUACUGUUUGAGGUUGAACUCAUAGACUUCAAAGGGGAGGAUUUAACGGAAUGCGAAGAUGGAGGCAUCAUUCGUAGGAUUAAGAAGAAAGGGCAGGGGUAUUCCACCCCUAACGAAGGGGCUACCGUUGAAGUUUAUCUAGAGGGUCGGACCAAUGCUGUAUUGUUUGAUCAACGGGAUGUUACGUUUGUGGUUGGCGAAGGAGAAGACCAAGACAUUCCCAUUGGAGUUGACAAAGCUUUGGAGAAAAUGCGGAGAGGAGAGCACUGCAUUCUUCAUCUGAUGCCUGAAUAUGGUUUUGGCGAUCUUGGGAAGCCUCACCUAAAUGUUCCACCAAAUGCAGAGCUGGACUAUGAAAUAUUGCUGAAGAACUUUGAAAAGGCCAAAGAAUCCUGGGAAAUGAACACUCAAGAGAAACUGGAACGGGCAGUUCUUGUCAAGGAGAAAGGAACACUCUAUUUUAAGGCUGGCAAAUAUAAGCAGGCUCAGAUUCAAUACAGGAAGAUUGUGGCAUGGUUGGAGCAGGAAUACUGCCUGACCCAGGAUGAAAGUCGAAGAGCCAAGGCCCUCAUUUUAGCUGCACAUCUCAAUGUGGCCAUGUGCCAUCUGAAACUCAAUAAGUACCUGAAGGCUGUGGAGAGCUGUGAUAGGGCAUUAGAGAUUGACCGAACCAAUGAGAAAGCACUAUACAGACGUGGCGAAGCAAGGCUUUGCGUCAAUGAAUUUGAUUUGGCAAAGGCUGACUUCCAGAAGGUGCUACAAGUCAACCCUGAGAACAAGGCUGCAAAAGCUCAAAUUGUGCUGUGUCAGAACAGAAUAAAGGAGCACCAUGAGCGGAACAAGAAGAUUUAUGCCAACAUGUUCCAAAAAUUUGCAGACAGAGACUCGAAGGGAGAAACCAGGAAAUGUUCAAGGCAGAGGGAAAGGAAUAUAUUUAAAGAAGUGGAAGAAGAUCCACCUGAAGAAAAGAAAGCCAGAGAAGCAGAAUGAAGGGGGGAAACAUCUGGUACAUGAGUAGGCUACAAACUGUACUCCAGCACAUCAAUGUAGGACAGUGCCCCAUUUUUAAGAGGGCAAUGAAAUGCUUCCUGUCAAAGGAAGGGAACAAAAGGAUUAUUAUAGUUGGAGACAACGACAAGUUCAGCAAGUCAAUAUGAGAGUUGUGAGUCCAAGCUUUUGCCAGGGAGCUGCAGUUAUACUUCAUAACCUUGAAUGAAAAUGUGUUUCAAAUCAUUCCAGAAUCUAACAGAAAUAAAGAUUACAAUUCGUC